AUGGAGGAUCAUUCACCUCCGCUGCCUAUCAGGGCGAAAGAUACACAAAGUGUGGUUCAGAAUGCGUUAUCUAAACAAGAUAUCGACUUUCGUGCAGCUGCAGAUGUUCACUCAGAUCAAAAGAUAUUUGAUGGAGCAGGUUCUCCCGAGCCUCUUUCUCAUAAUGUCCGAAUAGAACCUGCUGCUGUCUACAACGAUGUUGCGUCCCAAUCUCAACUCCCAUUGCGAAAUGAUAAUAAGGAACAACAGAACUCCAAUCGCGGUGCGAGAAUCAAUCGAGACAAGCUGGGAAUGAGCGCAGCGGGUUCGAUGGACUCUCAACGUUCCCCGAAGAAGAAGCCAAAUGGCCGCGUUCUCAUUUGUGAAAUUCUUGGUCCCGAUGGAACACCUUGGAUGCCAAAGUUAGGAAGGUGCCGAAGAAAGAAACUACGGGCGCGUUCCUUGGCAAAGGCAAAGGAACAAAUGGCUCUGGAAGAGCAACGUGCGGCUGAAAAGGAAAGGAAAUAUUCAGAAAUGAAAGACGCGCUGUGA